CUUGAAAAUUCCCUUUUAGUUUGUUGUGCUCAGUUACUUUUAAAUCUACACGCAGGAAAGUGCUCAAAGAAAAUUCUUUGUGAAAGUUGUUUUAGACAUAUUUGUUUGGAUUUUCCUUACGAAAGUUUGAAAUUAAAAAUUUUGGCGUAUCAGUUGUUUGAUAAGGAAAAAAUAUCAUGUUUGAUAAAUCAAACUGUACCCUAAAAAAACUGGACAUCGUUGUGAGCCCAAAUUCUUUCUCUGAUGUUUGUGCCGGAGCAACCUCUAUUAUAACCAGGAUCAAAGAUUGGAAACCUGACGAUAUAGGUUUCGAGCUUUUGACAGGUGGUUUCACUAACCAUUUAGUUAAAUGCUAUUUAAAAAAUAAUCCAGAUGAAGCAGUAUUGAUCAGAAUUUAUGGAGAAAAUACUGAGCUUAUUAUAGACAGAGAUUUGGAAGUUCGUAACCUGCAAAUAAUGUGUGAAGCUGGUUUCUGCGCACCAUUACAUUGUGUCUUUACUAAUGGACUUUGCUAUGAUUUUACACCUGGUGAAGUGUUAGAUAUCAAAAUGGUCCGAGAUCCAGACAUUUCAAAAUUGAUUGCUACGAAGCUUGCCAGAAUGCAUAGUAUUCACCGAAAUGUAGAUGGAAUUGAUUCUCAAGAUAGUAUUUUUCCUUUUCUUUAUAAACUUUUUCAUCAAAUACCAGAAUCUUUUCCUGAUCCCGUGAAAGACUUGAGGUAUAAAAGUUUGAUAGGUCCUAAAGAUAAACUUAAAGAAGAAAUUGAUUGUCUGAAGGCGCACUUACUUAAAACGGAAUCUCCUAUAGUUUUUUGUCACAAUGAUCUCUUAUUGAGAAAUAUUAUUUACAAUAAUGAAAAGAAAGAAGUAACCUUCAUUGACUUUGAAUAUGCAGGCUACAAUUAUCAAGCAUUUGAUAUUGGUAAUCAUUUCUGCGAGUUUUCUGGGGUGGCGAACUUCGAUCCGAAUUUGUAUCCAAGCAAAGAUUUCCAAAUAAAUUGGCUUAAAAUUUAUUUAGAAGCAUGGUACAUUGAAAAUAAACUGAAUCCAAAAGAUAUCACUGAAGAAGAAAUAGAAAAGUUUUAUAUUAUUGUCAAUAAGUUUGCUUUGGCUGCUCAUUUGUAUUGGGGAAUAUGGGCUCUAAUUCAAUCUGCAUAUUCCAAAUUGGAACUUGACUAUUUAAAGUAUGCAAAAUUAAAAUUAGAUCAAUACUUUUCCAGAAAGGAAGAAUUUUUGUCCUUAGAAUUUAAAUCCUGAAGUUGAAAAAAGACCAAAUUAUCCAUGGACUAUUUAAUAUCACAUGGCAUUGUAUAAACAGACUUAUAAAGAUAUUGAAACUAACUUGAAAUUUCCCUAAGAGUCUAUAUGUUUCAUAACAUUUGCUU